UGCCUGCUUUAGAGUUGCACUGAAAAACCUCUACUAGAGUUGGUCUUGUUUUGAGGAUAGAAAAUGCAAAGAUGACUUUUGGGGUUUCAUGCCCUGUCCCUCCAGGGCUGACAAUACGAGGGGUCAGAAUUACAAGAUGUCCCUGGCUGUGCCUGAAGAGUCUGGAAAAAUCCCCAGUCCUGUUUUAUGAUACUCAUUGAGAAUUACUGUCUCAGCUUUAGAGAUUCAGUCCUCCAAGUAAAGACCUGGACUUCCAGGGUCAGGAAGUCCUCUAGCACCUCGUUCUGAAUAAAUUACCUCUUUGCUAUCCAGGAGUGACUGGGCAAUUUCCCUUGGGGAUUUCCUUCUAGAGACCAGAAACAAACUAGUCCCAGGAAGUAGAGCUGCUUACAGGGAGCAGUGUCUCUUGAGCUUGGCAUACUGGCAGAGAAUUUAAACAGGUGCCCAGGAAAUGGGGCAGGGGGAAUGCGUAUGAGGUAGUUAGAGCAGGUAGACAGGACGUGGAGCACCAUUAAUUUUGGGAAAGGGACCGUAAAACUGAGGGUCCAAGUCACUUCCAGAGAUGGUAACCACUUGAUUUCCUAAGGUCCCUACCCUUUGGUUAAUUUUUUCUAUGCGGAGAAUAUAGUGAUUAAUGGACAGAGAGGGGUUAAAGAUCGCUCACUGACCCGAUUUUCCCGCUGAGGACAGAAUUUCCAAUGGAGCACGCACCCAGGGAGGUGGAGCAGAUGGGCAAGAGCGGACAAAGGGCAAAGACAGGCGGCAUGCACCUCUUCCCAAGCUUCUGCCUGUUCUGGCAGCCAGUGCCCUGCCUGUUCUGGCAGCGCGUGUGUGUCCCCUGGGCUCAGGUUCCUUGCAGGGCGCGGGGCGCUGGGAGCAGGGCGCGCAGCGCGGAACUGGGCUCCGUGCUGCACGGGAGCGAGCAUGGCGGGGCCGCGGGCGCUGCUUCUUCUGGGCUUCCUUGUGCCUGGGCUCCUGCUCUCAGAAGCAGCCAAAAUCUUGACUCUCUCUUUUGUGGUUCCUAUAUGGAUUAAAAUGUGAGCAAGAGGUGUUGGAAAGUUGGACUGCAUAUAUCUCCUGUGACAUCAGACUUGCAAGUCUAGGUGGAAGCCAUUAUCUGCUGAUGAACCAGGUGUCUGAGAUCCUUCAAGCUCAUGGCCAUAAUGUCACCAUGCUUCUCCAGGGAGGAAACUCCCUGAUACAGGAUUUUAAAGAGAUGAAAAAAUCAUACCAAGUUAUCUCUUGGCUUCCACCUGAAGAUUUUAACAAAGGACUUAAGGAGGUUUUUAAAUUUCACAUGGAUGAAGCUUUGGAAGGCAGAUUUCUAUUUGAACACUUAUUAAAACUUAUGGAACAAUUGGGGCUUCAGUGCAGUCAUUUCCUAAGGAGAACGGAUAUCAUGGAUGUCUUGAAGAAUGAGAACUUCGACCUGGUGAUAGUUGAAAAUUUUGAGUACUGUCCUUACUUGGUUGCUGAGAAACUUGGAAAGCCGUUUGUGUCCAUUCUCCCCUCCUCUUUUGGCUUUGAGAUGUUUGGAUUACCGAGCCCCCUGUCUUAUGUGCCGGUACUCUUCUCCAUGCUAACUGACCACAUGGGCUUCUGGGGUCGAGUAAAGAAUUUUCUGAUGUUCUUAGAUUUCUCCAAGAAAAAAUGGCAAAUGUACUCUACGUUUGACAACACCAUCAAGGAGCAUUUUCCUGAAGGCUCUAGGCCAGUUGUGUCUCAUCUUCUGAAGAAAGCAGAGCUGUGGUUUGUUAACUCUGACUUUGCCUUUGAAUUUGCUCAGCCCCUGCUUCCCAACACUGUGUAUGUCGGAGGCUUAAUGUCCAAACCUGUUAAACCAGUACCACCAGAAUUUGAGGAUUUCAUUGCCAAGUUUGGUGACUCCGGCUUUGUCCUGGUGGCGCUGGGCUCCUCGGUGAGAGUCUUUCAGUCCCCGGAAAUUCUCAAGGAGAUGAACAAUGCCUUUGCCCAGCUCUCUCAAGGGGUGAUAUGGAAGUGUAACCCUUCUUUUUGGCCCAAAGACAUCCAAUUGGCAGCAAAUGUGAAGAUUGUGGGCUGGCUUCCCCAGAAUGACAUCCUUGCUCACCCUCGCAUACGUCUUUUUGUCACCCAUGGAGGAAUAAAUAGCAUAAUGGAGGCCAUCCAACAUGGCGUGCCCAUGGUGGGGAUUUCCCUGUUUGGAGACCAGCCUGAAAACCUGCUCCGAGUAGAAACUAAACAUUUAGGUGUCUCUGUCCAGUUAAAGCAGUUGAAGUCUGACACACUGGCUCUGAAGAUGAAGCAAGUCAUAGAGGACAAGAGGUACAAAUCAGCAGCGGUGGCCGCCAGCAUCAUCAGGCGCUCCCACCCCCUGACCCCUGCCCAGCGGCUGGUGGGCUGGAUCGACCACAUCCUCCAGACAGGGGGUGCAGCGCACCUCAAGCCCUACGCCUUGCAGCAGCCGUGGCAUGAGCAGUACCUGCUAGACGUCUUCUUGUUCCUGCUGCUGGUCACCCUGGUCGCCGCGUGGCUCUGUGGGAAGCUGCUGGGCAUGGUGGCCAGGUGGCUGUGUGGGGCCAGGAAGCUGAAGGAGGCCUGAGGCCAUAUGUGGCUCACCAUUUCUCAUGAACCUCCCUCCUGUUCUGGCCACCCUUGUUCUCCACAUCAUAGCCGUUUGCUCUUUUUGCUACAAAUCCCUGCCUGCUGGCUUUGAAAUUCUUUAUUCAGCACUUGUGGAGUUUUUUAUUUUCCAGUUAACAAGGGCUAUUGUGUGACUCAGCCCUUGAGUCAUUUGGACCAGUGUCCCUGAGAGCUAAAGCCUGGAAGCCCGCCUUCCCUGGCAUGGCCCUCUGGGAGGCCCUGAGCCUGAACAUCCCAGCCUCCAUGGCCAGGAUCUUCUCAGCCUCUUUCCCUCAUCCUGCCUCCACCCCUUGUCAUGGAAUGACUCCUAAGACAGGUGCUUUGCUAAUACUUCUCUGUUCUUUUUGCUUCUCUGCCAACUCUCCUCAAAGCUCGGGAAGCUACACGUAUCCUUUUGACAAGGAAAGUAAGUUUUCACACUGUUAUCUUCUCCCUCUCCCUGGCGAAGAGACUUCUGUCCGCAUGCCUGGAAUUCUUCCAUAUUGCCACUAACAGCUGUUAGGGAAAGUGGGAAGGUCUCUGCAUUGCAGCUGGUAAGGACUCAGAGACCUGGGAGUGGGCAUUGGGUUAUCUGACCUUAGUGUUUGAUACAUCGUAAAGGGCCAUGAAGCCUCCGCAAUGCUUGACCCAUCAAAGCAGAAUUUCUUGUUAUUUCCUGUGAUUUUGUCCUGGCCUAAAUAACAAAUCAGCAAGCAGUCUUUUACACACUAAAAAAUAAACCUUUAGUCUGUUUGUUUGAGUCUCCAACUGGGCCUGAGGCAGCCCCUGGUACAGACUUGGCCUCAAUGAGUUUCUUAGUGUGAAGGGGACAUACCGGCAGGGAAAGAAGGUGAUGAUGUCUGUCACAGAGCCCAAGCCCUCGAUUCCUGUGCAGGUGAGAAUGGGGAGCGGGAUUGUGGCUGUUGAUGCCAAGACAGUACAGGGAGGCCUAUGUGGUGUCCCUCAUGGGACUACUGCCUAGACCAGUGGGCACUGAGCCUUUGGUGCUGUAAGAAGGUUAAACUCCCCUUAUUUCCAAGUUUGUAGAAAAUGUGAUUUAUACAUGGAUUCUCCUUUCAAUCAGCAUGGCUCUGUGAUCUUCUGUGCCAAAGACUUUGGGGUAAUAACUAGAAGUUAUCCACAUCAAAAUGUCCCCACAUGGAGAAUGAAGACUUUAGAAUGUCUAAUAGGCCCUCCACAUACCACAAUGUAACUCCAUGGCAUUCACAUGGUAAGAUCAAUAAGAAGAACAAAUAAAACUAACACUUUCCCAUAUGUGGAAAACUCAACAUCAAAUUCAGAAGUUUUUUUCCUGAGCUCCUAUUACAAAGCUUUGUGGAGAGCUAGUGAGUUCAGAAAAAUAGUGCAGACAAGAGGAAAAGGGGACAGAAGGCCCUUGGAUGAGCCAGGACUAUACCCAGAAAGAGAAAAUCUGCAUCCCAUAUGGAAAUCCUGAACAAGAGUCCUGGCAGAGCAAAGCUUUGACCAAGGGAAAGGGACACAAAAGCAUGAGGGACCCACAGCAUCCACCUUGGAAAAGGCUCUGUGUCUGAGCGAGAGGAGGGUAGAUGGGAAGGGGGAGCACUCUGGAUAAUGGGUGAUGAACAACAGAAAGGCAGCCGGAGAAAGUGUGGGGUGUGGCAGGACAACAGGAAUCCAGAAGGCUGGAUAAUACAAAUCCCUCAGCCCAUCCCCAAACACAAAAGCUAUACAUUAACGAGUCUGCAGUUGUAGAUCAUUUGCUAUAGGACUUUGCGUGUUCUUAGAUGUCUGUAUCUGUCUCUCACUGGAUAUCUGCAUCAAUGGACAAUGCAUGGGAACAUGAAUGAAAUAGUGACUCUUUCCACAAUUAAAAAAUUUCGAUUAAAAAUGUAUGUAGAACAUCUGUAUAGACCCAUAUGUCUGAUAUGUGUCCUCCCCAUCCAAAUUAGCAAAUUUAGAACAUUUUGCUUGUCUGACAAUUUCAUUUUGGUCAAAUGUGUAACAGCAUAUUGAAGUUAUGGGAAAUGACUCCAUGACUGGUCCCCAAAUGGACUGAAAUUAUGGAAACUAGGAAGCUGCAAAUAUUGUGGAAAUUGAGCCCUUAGGAAAGGAAUUGACCAAAUAUCUCUUUUUUCUCUUUAUAACCUUAUCUAUUAAGAUAGUUGAACUUUAUCUAUUUCAAUAGACCUGUUUAAAAAUGUCCAGCUGACUCAUGUUUCAAAGUGUACAUCUAAAAUACAAGAAUACGGGACCUUUGAAUAGAAAAUGAGACAAAUAGAGAAGGACAGGUUAUGCAAUAUGGAGCUGUGUCUAAAGGAGCCAUUGGUUUGAUGGAACUUGUACUUCCCCUGAGGAUUAAGCCCUCUUUCUUAGGUUCCUAGGAUUAUCCUAGGAUGGGUGAUGUCUCAGUCUGUCAUGCACACAAGAUCCUGUAGCCCCACCCUUUGGGCCUCACGGUUAUCAUGAAUGUCUUAAUUUGAUGCUAUGUAAAAUUCAGGCCCCAGAGGGGACCAUCUUGACAAAUAUAUUAGAAUUUCAAUGA